AUGGGAGAGAACCCAAGUAGCUCAACCGGGAACCCAGUCAUUUCCAUUGGAAAUAUUCGGGGGUUCGGAGGGUGUGACUAUGGAUCAUUUAGAAUGUCGAAUGAGUUUUUAGGGUGGAAAAAUAAAAAAACAAAUAGUGUAUAUCAAUACAAAUGUAGUGAUAUAAGUGAAGCGGAAUGGAUAAAAACUAGCUAUAAUAACAAUAGAUUACAUUUGAAACUUAAUGAAAAGAAAGAUAAUUUGAUUAUUUUUUUUGAUGGGUUCCCAGAUCGAAAUAUAUCAGAAAUAACACAACAUUUUCAGAAAUAUUUUAAUGUACGAUUAGCUAAUAGAAAACUAACUACUCGUGGGUGGAAUUGGGGAGAAUUCAAAUUAGAAAAUUCAAACAUAACAUUUGAAAUAGACAAUAAAUAUGCAUUCAGUAUACCAACAAAUAAUAUUAAUCAAUUAAAUGUACAAAUAAAAACAGACAUAGCUAUGGAAUUAAAAAACGAAGAAAAUAAAAAAACAAAUGAAGACAUGCUAUCAGAAAUACGUUUUUAUUACCCCCAUGAAAAUGAUGAAAACCAAAACUUUCAAAAUUUUAAAAAUGAUUUAUUAGAUAAAGUAAAUAUAGGAGAUUCGAAAAGUGAAUGUAUUGCCUCCCUUGCUAAUAUACCUCUCCUUGUUCCAAGAGGAAGAUAUGAAAUUGAAAUGUACACCAAAUCAUUUAAAUUACAUGGAAAAUCUUAUGAUUUUACUGUCCAAUAUACUAAUAUAAAUAAAAUGUUAUUAGUACCCAAAAGUAAUUCAAAUCAAUACGUUCUAAUAUUCAGUUUAAAUAAUAAAAUGAAGCAAGGACAAACGGAAUAUCCUUUUAUUUUAAUUCAGUUAAACAAUGAUGAUGAUAUGGAGUUAGAUAUAAAUGCAAGUGAAGAUCAUAUAAAAAAAUAUAAAUUAGAAAAAACACUUUCAGGAAAAGCAUACGAUGUAGUUACAAGACUUUUCACAGCUCUUGUUAAAAAAAAUGCCAUAAUUCCAGGAGAUUAUAGAACGGCUAAAAAUGAACAUGGUAUUACUUGUAGUUAUAGAGCAGCAAGUGGACAGUUAUAUCCCUUAAAUAAAUAUUUCCUUUUUAUUGUCAAACCUGUUAUUUUAAUUUCUUUUGAUGAUAUUGUUACAUUAAGUUUUCAAAGAACUGGAAAUAUAAAUCAACAUCGUUUCUUCUCGCUUAUUAUAAAACAUAAAAGAGGAAUGAGUUAUGAAUAUACCAAUAUUGACAAAAAUGAGUAUGUUCCUUUGCUCGAAUUCUUAAAAAGUAAAAAUAUCAAUAUUCAAGAUGAUGCAAAUGUAAAUGAUAAAAAACAGGACUUUGGCGAUGAACUCUCAGAAUCAGAUGAAGAAGAAUAUGUUGCUGAUGAGGAUGAUGAUGAUGAAGAGGAUUAUGUCGCUGAAGAUGAUGAAGAAGACGACGACGAUGAGGGAGACGAGGAAGAAGAGGAGGAAGAGGAAGAAGAAGAUGAUGAUGACAAAUAG